AUGCCCUUCGCAGCAACCCCGAGCCGAGCUGCGAGCAGCCUCUCCCAGCGGCCCAAUGCGAACCACGUCUCCUUCCCGGGCGCCGUCAAGAGCGCCUUCACGAGCACGCUCAAGUUUGAGACGCCCGGCGAGUACCCGGCCGUGCCAACCUACCGCGUCGUCGACCAGAACGGCGCCAUCGUGGACGACUCGUUCACGCCGGACCUCGGCGAGGAGGAGGUCGUGAAGCUGUACAAGGACAUGGUCUUCAUCUCGGUCAUGGACCUCAUCAUGUUCGACGCGCAGCGUCAGGGCCGGCUGAGCUUCUACAUGGUCUCGGCGGGCGAGGAGGCGCUGAGCGUCGGCUCGGCCAGCGUGCUCACGCCCGAGGACGUUAUCUUCUGCCAGUACCGCGAGCAGGGCGUCUUCAAGCAGCGCGGCUUCACGACGGCGGACUUUAUGAACCAGCUGUUCGCCAACUCAAAGGACCCCGGAAGAGGGAGGAACAUGCCGGUGCACUACGGUAGCAAGGAGCUAAAUAUUCACACGAUUUCGUCCCCGUUGGCGACGCAGCUGCCGCAGGCGUCGGGGGCGGCGUACGCAUUGAAGAUGCAAAGGAUGCAGGACCAAUCGAUACCUCCGAGAGUAGUCGCGGCUUACUUUGGCGAGGGCGCCGCCAGUGAGGGCGACUUCCACGCCGCCCUCAACAUCGCCGCCACGCGGUCGUGUCCCGUCAUCUUCAUCUGCAGGAACAACGGCUAUGCCAUCUCAACGCCGACACUGGAGCAGUACCGGGGAGACGGUAUCGCCAGCAGAGGUCUGGGAUACGGCAUCGACACCAUCCGGGUGGAUGGCAACGACAUUUGGGCCGUACGGGAGGCCACCAAGAAGGCGCGUGAGAUGGCGCUAGAGAACGGGGGCAGGCCCGUCCUCAUCGAGGCCAUGACUUACCGCGUGAGCCAUCACAGCACGUCGGACGACUCAUUCGCCUACCGUGCCAGGGUCGAGGUGGAAGACUGGAAGCGGAGGGACAACCCGAUCACGCGGUUGCGCAAGUGGAUGGAGGCCAAGGGCAUGUGGGAUGAGAACAAGGAAAAGGAGUGCCGCGACUCCACGAGACGGGAGGUCUUGAAGGCAUUCAAGGAGGCUGAGAACGAAAAGAAGCCGCCCAUUCGGGGCAUGUUUGAAGAUGUUUACGAAGAGCUGACGCCGGACUUGAAGCAGCAGAUGACGCAGCUGCGGGAACACCUCGACAAGUACCCUGACGAAUAUGAUUUUAGUGAGUUUGAGGGCGGCAAGGACAGUCUGAAGGCGUAG